UCAGCUGUGUCCAAUCACAGCUGAUCACUGAUCAUCAGGGCACUGAUGAUCAGUGUGACCUGAUGAUCUGUGUAGCCCCAGCAGUGCCACCUGUUAGUGUCCAUCAGUGCCUUGUGUCAGUGCUCAUCAGGGCCUCGUGCCAGUGCCCAUCAGUGCCACAUCAAUGCCACAUAUCAGUGCCUACCAGUGCACAUCAAUGCCACAUAUCAAUGCCCAUCUGAGCUGCUUUUCAGUGUCACCCAUCAGUGUCAGUCAGUGCCACCUAUCAAUGCCAGUCAGUGUCGCCUAACAGUGCCAGUCAGUGCCGCCUAUCAGUGCCGCCUAUCAAUGCCACCUAUCAGUGCCUUGUAUCAGUGCUGCCUUUCAGUGCCCAUCAGUGAUGCCUGUCA